AUGCGGGAUACAGCUCACCGUGACGAAAUUGACCAAAUUCAAGCAACAGAAGAUGAUGAUAAAGAUGUCAUUGGUUGUAUUCCGAGACUUCUAUGCAACAGCCAUCGAGAAAUUAUUGAGAACAUAGUGAAAUCACUACCAGACACUGUGGAAAGUGGCAAAGAUGAUAUAUUAGAUAACGACUUUGACCGCUACGCUCGCCUUUUGGACAUUUACCAGGAACAACCGAAUCUGCUUGACAGUAUAAUUCCAACAAUUCUGAAAACGUUGGAGUCGUACAUCACUCUUCCCUCCUCGAGCAGUGCUGACAAAUCGUUGAACAAGUUAUCAAUUAGUGCUCUUCAUUAUAUAGCGCAUCUGACUAAAGUACGUGGCUACAAAGUAAUAGUCAGACUUCUUCCACACCACUUGUCGCCAUUGUCAACAAUGUCCUUGCACUGCCAUCCUAUAAUUAUUGAAAAUCAAUCUACUUCAUCGUUCGUCAUUGAUGAACCAGACGGAGAUAUCAAAUGUGAUCCAGCAUAG